CGAUUGAACAGUGUCUUGCAAUAAGUUUGUCAGAUUAUUUAUCAAAAACAAAGACUGGAACAAUGACCACAGUGAGACGAAACAUUUUACAAAUGGCAAUAUUUCUCUUUGGAAAAGAAAACACGGAUGGAUAUGGAUUUGUGUAUUCCGAAAAGAAAGACGUUGCUGUGCAACAGAAGAGAUUUCUCAUCUUCUCCUACUUGUUCCUCGAAGCCCUUAAGAAAAACACUAUUUCGGACAAAGCCAUUGCCAUUCACAACAGUCUAUGGUCUCAACAUUUACAGCACCUGGCCAACUGUGGAAAUGAGAAGGCAGCAAAGUGCUUCAUAAGAAUUUUGGAGGACAGGGAAGAAACUGUUUUCAAUAUUAAAAGACUUCAACAUCAUCUUAAAUCCAUAGACAUACAUCAUGAAACUGGAAUUGAAGAGAAGAAAAUUAAGUUCCGCUGUAGGAAACCGAAUGUAUUUGAGAUAAUCAGAAUAAAGUUGAGAAAACUGUAUUAACAUUUAAAUGACUCUCGGGAUUCUUUUUCCCCAAAGUUUCAGGACAUCAACUGUAAGGAAUUCGUAUACAUGACAUGUGGCAGUUCAAUUAAAUGACAUCAUAACCACUCAGCACCACCACCGCCAUCAUCAUCAUCUUAUCAUUACCACAAUCAUCAUUUCUUGUCAUUGGUUUUUUUUUUUCAAAUUGGUUUCAUUGAAGAAUUAUUUCCAUAUUAUAAUGCAUCUCUUUUA